AUGACAACAACGCUGGUUGUUCAGCAGCCAACACCUGUGAUGCAGGUGAUAGAGUCUGACGGAUGGGGUUCAGGGGUUUUCGACUGCUUCAAUGAUCUAGGCGAAUGCUGUUUUGCGUAUUGGUUGUUCCCCUGUUAUGCCUGCAUGAAAUCGCGGGACUUUGGAGAAUGCCUGUGUCUCCCAUUACUGGACUACUGUGGUGGUGUUCCACCAAUAACUCUUGCUUUAAGAGUUUCCAUGAGACAUCGCUACGGUAUAAAGGGAAGCAUCCUGGAUGACUGUGUGUUUGCCACCUUUUGCACGGCCUGUAUAUGGUGUCAGAUGUCCAGAGAGAUGAAGAGACGCAGCAGUCCCAUCACCAUCAUCAAUACCGUACCAAAACUUUGA